AUGGACAAAAGACUCUUAAAUGUUAGCCUCCUUGGCUUAGCAUUUAUGUUUGUUUUUACUGCUUUUCAAACAAUGGGAAAUAUUGAGAAAACUAUACUGAAGAGUAUCCAAAAUGACUAUCCAUCAUUUACUGGUGAUGGAUAUACUAGUUUAUCCAUUAUCUAUGUUGUAUUUGCAUUAUGCAAUUGGAUAUCUCCAUCAGUUAUUAGUUAUGCAGGGUCUAGAAUAGCCAUGUUUAUAGGAGCAUGUUGUUACACUAUGUUUUUAGUUUCAUUUCUCUGGCCUGCAACAUAUUUACUUUAUUUAAUGUCUGCAAUUGUCGGUUUUGGUGCUUCAGUUAUUUGGACUGGUCAAGGAACAUAUUUAACAUUAAAUUCUGAUUCAUCUACAAUGUCCAGAAACUCAGGAGUAUUUUGGGCAUUGUUACAAAUGAGUAUGUUUCUAGGAAAUACAUUUGUAUUUUUUGCUCUUUAUGAUAAGACCCAUUUAGAUGAAAAAACUCGAACAUUAGUGUUCACUGUUCUUACAGCUGUAUGUUUCUUGGGUACAUUAUUAUUUUUACUUUUACGAUCUCCUGUAAGUUCUGAGGGAGCUGAAAACGAACUAGGAGAAACUUUAAAUCCCAUUCAAGAAAUAAAAAAUUCCAUGUCACUUUUUCUUACUGAAGAUAUGUGCUUAUUAAAUAUGUCAUUUUUUUUUACUGGUUUACACUUGUCAUUUUAUAGUGGUGUUUAUAGUUCAAGCAUUGGAUUUACCACAGCAUUAGGACCAAACAGUAAACAACUAGUUGGUUUAUCUGGAAUAUUAAUUGGAGUUGGCGAAAUUAUAGGUGGAUUUCUAUUCAGCAUUUUGGGAAAAAAGACUUCUGAUAAUAACAUAGAAUCUAAGGGAUUUAGUCAUUCAGCUGUAGUUGCAUUAGGUUUUUUUGUAAAUAUUAUUGCGUAUGGUUUGAUAUUUAUAAACCUUCCAGAUGAUUCCCCAUUUGGUGAUACAAGUGCAAUAUCUUUAAUUGAACCAAAUCAGUAUUUAGCAAUUUUGUGCAGUUUCCUAUUGGGUUUUGGAGAUAGUUGUUUUAAUACCCAAAUUUACAAUGUAAUUGGACAAAGGUAUUCUGAAAACAGUGCUCCUGCCAUGGCCUUAUUCAAAUUUAUGCAGUCAAUAGCGGCUGCUGUUAGUUUCUUUUACUGUAAUCAUUUUGGGAUGUAUGUGCAACUUACAUUAUUAGUGAUUACAUUAAUUAUGGGUACAUUUUCUUUCUUCAAAGUGGAUAAAUCUAUUGAUAAUCGAUACAAAGAAUUUUAAUCUUCAUUGGAUUAAUUAAAUUCAAUCAUAUAUCAAGUUAUUUGUGUAUUUAUUAUAUGAAUUAAAAGAUAGACA